CUGCCCUUGACGACGACAUUCGCUCAGCGUCCAAUUUACACUAGCAGAUCGAGGAGAACAUAGCGGAUAGAAAUAAAAGUAAAUGAGAGGGAACAGAAAAAAAAGUGAGGAGCUGACCGAAGUGUUCCCCGAUCCGGGACACCGCCUCGCUGCCAGUCAAUGUAUCUUCCAUUGAUUCGCUGAUCCUCGCUUGCACCUCUUUUCUCCUCUUGCGCUCAUCUCGCCGUUGCUGCGGGCCUCGUUGUUGGCGUUCUCGACGACCACGCAAGACCUCGUAGCGACCAGCAUCGUUGACGUGCACAAACGCCGUCAAUGUCUCUCGCCGCACGCCCAUUCCACGCGAACCAUGCCCCGUUCCUUGACAAUGGCCAGGACGAUCCACUAGCUCGGGCUUUGCAGCCGCCUCCAGACGAGUCGCCAGACCAGCGUGCAUUGCGAGAACAGCAACAGCGAGAAGCGUCCAGAAUAUCGCAUGAAAUUGACGAGGAUAUCUUGGAGAGCCGUAAAGCAUUCGAGAGACGAAAGAAGGCAAUCAAGAUCCUCCUGCUCGGUCAAGCAGAGUCUGGCAAGAGUACUACCCUCAAGAAUUUCCAACUCGCUUUCUCACCGCAACAUUUUCGAAGUGAGAAACUCGCUUGGCGAACUAUCAUACAGCUGAAUUUGAUCAGAUCUAUCAAGCAACUUCUUGAGAUACUAGAGGAAGAAUGGAACUCUUCACAAACGGCCCCCGCUGCAACGGGAGUCCCACCGAUACCCCCAAUGCCAUCUUUGCAGCCCAUACCAGUCCCAGCUCGCUCAGUUUCCCCACCAAGAAUCCUUCCGGUGCCGGCUUCCGCCCCGAGAGGUCCUAGGGCGCAACCUGCUUCACCCCCCCAACCGCCUCCGCCGAUUCCGGUGGAAAUUGCUUCAGCGUCUUCGAGUCCGUCGAGUAGUCCUCCUAAUAUCCUAGGCGGUACACCUUAUUCUCAUAGACAUCUGGCAGGCAUGUCUGCCAAAGCGCGUGGGAAGCUACCUGCGCAUUUAGUACCGCCAUUGCCGUCUCCACCAUCCUCACCUAAUCCGAAUGGUAGCUCAAACACACACUCAUUGGCGCCUAAUGGUUCGAAUAGUACUACAACUGUUACGUUCUCGCCUUCACGACCUUCCUCCACUUCCGCUACUCCGAUACAAUCCCCUCAACCUUCUCCGGCAAUCACCCCUGCGCCAACUCUGCACAAGCCACAACCUACCAAAGAGAAGUCGAUUCGUUUCAGUACUUCCCCGCUCAAUGACUCCCACCGACGAAUCCGUCUCAGACUCUUACCACUCAUGGCUAUUGAGGAAGAGCUGACUCGUAAACUCUUCCCGGAGAUAAACACUCGUAACAGUUUCCAUCAGAGUGAUGGCACGGCUUUUCCUCCUGGUAUCCGAGAAGUCUGUGUUAGGGCUGGCAGUGGUUGGAAAGGUGUCCUAAGUAACAUCAUCAGUGCAGAGAAUGCGCCUCAAAAUGGUACAAAUGGGAAUGCUAACGGGAACGGAAUGCCGAACGGGAUCUUGAAGACGAAUGGGGUUAGUAGGACCAGACGGCCAGGCACUGCGGAGGGAAGGAGAGAUGAUCCUACAACGGUGCUUAGUGCAUGUAGAGAUGAUAUCAUAAUGCUUUGGGAGGAUCCAGUCGUGCAAGGUGUAUUGAAGAAGAGGGGUGUGAGGUUGCAAGAUAUGCCUGGAUUUUUUUUGAAUGACACUGCUCGUAUAGCUACCCAGAACUAUGAACCUACUGACGAUGAUAUUGUACGUGCUCGACUGAGGACUUUGGGUGUAGAGGAACAUAGAUUCACGAUGGAGAGCGGAGCAUACCCGGGUAGUGAGUGGUAUAUUUACGACGUUGGUGGAAGUCGCAGCGUGAGACCUCAUUGGAUACCCUACUUCGAUGAUGUACAAGCGAUCAUAUUCUUGGCUCCUCUUGCAUUCAAUCUCAUGCUUGAGGAGGAUCCGAAAGUCAAUCGCCUGGAGGAUUCAAUUUCGUUAUGGCGGGAAAUUUGCAAAAAUCCUUUGUUGGCAAAGACCACUUUGAUCCUCUUCCUAAACAAGAUGGACAUCCUUCAAGCAACUUUGGCUGCUGGUAUUCGUGUACAGAAAUACGUUCCUAGCUAUGGUGACCAGCCGAAUGAUGUACAGCAUGUCGUGAAGUACUUCAGAGACAAGUUCCGUGGAUACCAUAAACGUUUGUCUCCUCAUACAAGACCAUUCUACUGGCAUGAGACCUCUGUUGUGGAUACCAAAGCCACUUCAGUCAUCCUAGUCGGAGUCCGUGAAGGUAUCCUUCGUGCACACCUCCAGAGUGUCAACGUCAUCUAAACCCUGACCUCACUUUGCAUUCGGCUCGAGUGGUAAGACCAGCCAAGUCGACUUUCUGACAUCCCGAUUUAGUUCUAUCUAUUUCUUUCAUUCGUUGUUGCGUUCUCUCUUGGAUAUAUGUAUUGCUAGAUUUACUCUUAAUUCAUACGGUUCAGAGACUCUUGUGCUAUUUUUUCCCCCACUUUUGGUUCGGUCUAUGAAGAUGUGCAGUGCCUGUUGUCUUUCUCGAUGCAACCCCAUGAGCCCAGUGCACCGUGAAGGGAAUAUCUCGCCGAGAUCAUAUUUCUUCUGGGUUUCAGCGGUGCCUGCAUGGUCCUUGUCUCUCAACCACGUUGUCUGGUUUAUUGCCGUUGUUUCCCACGCCUCUCGCCUUUGAAAGACAAAGACCACUUUUCACUUCUUCGUGUACCAUUAUCAUCAACCUUCCUACGCUUCUCACUAGCCGCGACAACUAUGGGUUUUUACACUGCGAAGGCCAAUCUAUUUUGUAACGAG